UGACAUUUUUCGUCGUGGACCAAGAAGACCUCGAGGGGGCCGAAUACCUAUUCGCCUCUCGGCUGCGUGUGAGCCAUCAAGGUGCAACUCGAGGGAUGCGUAAAGAUCCCCAUCCGUGGAGCGGGAUCUCGCCGGAGCUGUUCAUCUACCUCUCGGCAAUCGGUGCGAUCGCCAGACGAUUUCAUUCUCUGGGGAGGGAUGAGUCAACCUAUAUGGCAGCAGGCGGAGGAGGCUCGACUGCACUCCAAGUUCAGGCGCAGCGUAACGAUCUGCGCUCACGUGCCGGGCGACUCAAAGAAUUGGUAUCGCAGUACCAGGUCUCACCUCCUGGAGCUGUGCGGGAAACCGGUGACGCACUUGCGCCCGCCAACCAUUUCCGCACCCUGGCGAGAGUGUACCAGCUUUCAGCCCUGUUGGAACUCUAUCGAAUGUUCCCUGAGUUGGACCAGCAGGACGAUUCUGCGUCUGGGUCGUGGCUGUCUCCGCAUGAGGCUGCCUUGGAGGAGGGUGUGGAACACGAGCAUUGACGAAGACAAUUGCAUGCGCGGGCGAUUAGCAUCCUGUCGUUGAUUGCCUCUAUCCCCGAGACCUCGAGCACGCGGGCAACUCAGAUAUUGGCUCUGGUGAUUGCUGGGAGCGCACUGCAGCCUUUACCGGUGAACGAUGGCGUGGACGUAUUGUCUUCAGGGAGAACGUCAGGGGCUGGUGCGGGAGGAGGUAUCACGCCACCGUCUUAUGCUACUCCGACUACUAUGCC